AUGUCUAAAUUCGCUCCACAUCGUCGUUCCGCCAAUAAUCCUCGCCCCACAGCCUCUACUGUGUGCCAGAAAUGUUUGGGGACAGGUCAUUUCACCUAUGAAUGCAAGUCUUCGCGUCCAUAUAUCUCACGUCCCUCACGUACAAAGCAAUUGGAGAACCCACGCGUGCUUGCGAAGCUGAAAGCAGACGGAAAACCUUCUGUUGAAGUUCCAGAGGAAUUCACGAAGAAGACUGGGACAGCGGAUCGUAUAUUGGAGGCAAAGGAGAAGGCAAGGGAGAAAGAAGACGAGAACCAAGACGGCCGAAAGAAACGGAGACGGUCAUCAGAGUCCGGCUCGAAUAGUUCGAGCGACACUGACUCGGAUUCAGACAGUGACAGCGAUUCUUCUGACUCAGAGUCGAAUACCGAUUCCGAUUCUCGUUCGUCUUCGGGCACCGAGGUCCUAGUAAGAGUAGGAGGCGAUACCAUUAAUUAA